GAUGAGAGAAGGGAAGGCGAGUGAGCGAAGCGAGCGCAGAUAGUAUGCGCAGAGAAGCCUUAUUGCUGAAUUCGAUAUCAUCCAGUUUUCCUUGCUCGGAAAAUCCCCUGGUUUUUUGAACAUUCGAGGCGAAAAUUUCCCACCGGUCCUUUCCGAGAUGGACGUUGUCAAACUGAUCCGAGGCGUGAAAGCUAGGCAGCCUCUCUGGGACAGGAAACACGCCUAUUACCACGACAGGAGCGUCACGAUGGUCCUGUGGGACGACGUCGCAGCUCGUCUCGGCGCGGAUCCCGAUUCCGUGAGACUGAAAUGGAAAGGCUUGCGAGACACGUUUCGAGGCGAGUUGAAAAAAGUCCACAAAGGUCUCAUGAAUGGUAAGCAAAAGACUUCGACCAACUGGGAAUAUUUUGACGAAAUGCUGUUUGUAAAGGAACAAAUAUAUUCGACGAAACACCUCAAUGACAUCGUCAAGCCCAUCAACUCUGCCAGUGAUGAAUCGAAAAGCCAAAUCAAGACCGAGUACGAAACGAGCGAAGCAAGCGAAGAAAAGGUGAUUUUCAAAAAUUUGCAAGACGAACAAGAAAUCACUAACCAUUACAGUUCAGCGAAUAUAGAAGAGGACGAUGACUAUAAUUUCUUAAUGAGCAUCCUUCCCCAACUGAGGUGUCUACCUACGACAAGAAAUCUAUACAUAAGAUUAAAAAUACAAGAACUGCUCUAUAACGAAAUUAUGGCUUUACAAGCAAUUUAAUCCUUAUGAAAUGGAUUAAUAUUGGAUUCUCAUAUGAUCUCACAAAGUUAUCUCAAGAGAAAGUUCUUCAAAGGCUGAGAAAUUUGUGGGGGGAAAUGGACUAAUACCAACUAGCCAAAGUGGAAGAAUAAAUAUCAAUAAACAAUUCCAUAAGUUAUAAUUUUUAAUUGGCAUUUUUUAAAAACUGGACAAGUCUAAGUGUAAAGAAACAUAUACACUAUAAGUUCAUUUCUGUGUUUAUAAAUGUUCCGCAAUGUAUAUUUUCUAAGGACAUUAAUAUUGGCUAUUUGAACAAAACUGAACAAGAUAGGCAUAUUUGGACUGUUUUGGAACAAAGCUAGUCUUAUUGUCACCAAAAUAACACGACUUUUGAAUUUUUUAACAAUAUAGACUUUUAUAUUUAAUUUGUAGCCUUGGUUUUUGUUUAAUUUUUAAACUUUUUGUUAGAUGAAAAAUUUGCCAGUUCUUCCAAAAAAAAAACAAAAAACAAAAAAAACCUGGUUUUGCCUAUCAUCGCUGUGUAUUUUUAUCAAUCUGGACUUUAAAUAUAAACCGAGAAUAACAUGAUGAACAAACUUUGUGUCAUACAUUUGUAAAUAGUCUGUAUAUAUACUUUUUUCUUUUGUGUAUUAAAUUUUGUUAUGUACGCACAGACAAUAAAGUAUUGUAAGCAUACCUUUGUUUCCAUCUACAACAUUAACAAACAAGAAUAAUUUCUAACAUUGCAAGAAAAUAAUGGAAAAGUAAAAAGCAGAAAUUCGUAUGAAAUAUACCUAAGUUACUUUCUUGAGUGAUGGUGUGAAUUUGGAGACCUUGUACUAACAGUGCGCCAAAAAAACAUACAGACUCGCUUGGAUGUGUAUUAAUUAAGUGCUAUGUUAAAUAAAAUCAAUGACAGUCCCUGCUUAUCCUUUGUGCGUCUUAAAUUAGUUUUUUUGGCUGGGUAAAAAAUUAAGUAGCAAUCAAUUGACUAUUACAACAACAACUCUGCCACCAACAAAGAUUUACCAUUAUUGACAAUUCCAGCAACAAAAUCUUAACUACCUAUCAAUUGACUAUUACUUAGGACACCAACAAAGACUUAAACUGUCAAAGUCACCAACAAAAACUUAAAUACCUAUCAAUUGACUACUACAACAACAAAAAAUGGACACCAACAAAAACCUAAAUUGACCAACUAAAUAGGCUAGGCUGCCACAAAUAAAAUUUAUGUGUCUAUCAAUUGACUACGACAACAAAAAAAUGGACACCAACAAAAACCUAAAUUGACCAACUAAAUAGGCCAGGCUGCCACAAAUAAAAUUUAUGUGUCUAUCAAGUGACUAUUACAACAAAACAUGGACACCAAAAAAGACUUAUUGACUGAUACAUAGGCCAGGCUGCCAAAAUUUAAGUAUCAAUCAAGUGACUAUUACAACAAAAAAUUUACCACUAUCAAAGAUUUAAAUUAGGCAUUAUUGACUAUGUGUCUAUGCCAGCAACCAAAACUUAACUACAAUUGACUUUAAAAAAAAUAUAUAUAAAAAAAUAAAUAAAUAAUAACUGACAAACAACAAACAACAUUGACUUAAACUAUCAAUGUCACCAACAUAAACUCAGUUACCUAUCAAUAAAGACUUAAAUUUACAAUUGACAAUUCUAGCAACAAAAACUUAACUAUCUAUCAAUUGAAUAUUACACUAAAAUCAUGGACACUAAUAAAGACUUAAAUUGUCUGUGCCACCAACAUAAACUUAGUUACUUGUCAAUGGACUAUUACAACAAAACAUGGUCACAAAAAAAAUUUAAAUUGGACAAUGCCAGCAAAAAAACCUUAACUUUCAAUCAAUUGACUAUUUAUGACAAACACAAGGACGCCAAAAAAGAUUUAAAUUUACAAUGCCAGCCACAAAACCUUUAAACACCCAAUCAAUUGACAAUUCAACAAAAAUCCAUGGAUUUAAAUUGACAACCAGUAUUGACAAAGUCACGAAGACAAACAUAACCUACCAAUCUAUUUCAACAAAAACACUGCCACCACAAAUCUUAAAUUAAACAACACUUAAUAAAUUGAACAGACUGCCACCAACAAAAACUUAACUUUAACAUCAAUUGACUAUUACAAUGAACAUUGCAAUAGUUUACUUACUAUUUACACUUUAAUAUUUAUAUCAUUUUUUUUUGUAUUCAUCAUGUUAAACUACAAGGCCAAAAUUUAAGUUUAUUAUCUUAUUAAUACAACUUUUAAGUUAUUUGUAAGUUAUGCUUAAUUUUUUUUAAAACACAAGAAUAAGUCCAUCUAGCCUUUUCUCUUUCAAGGUGUCAAGACUUAUCCCUCAACAUACUUUAUUUUACCAGCCCUUUAAGACCUAAGUUUUUAAAGAAUAAGGUAAAAGAAAUAUAUAAUGUGAUAAGAAAAUAAAAAAUCAAAAGUUAUUUAUUUCAUAAAACAAGCCAAGACAUAAAUAGCACAUGAUAGUGCUAUUUAAAAUAACAAUUAUUAAAAUUAAAUACAGUAACAAUAACAUUGGAAGGAUUUUUAAAAAUAAAUAAGAGAUUGAAAAUGGAUAUUUUUAUUGACUCACCCCUAUAAAAUAAAAUAAAUACAAAAUAAAAAUGCCAUAACAGAUAACGCAAAAUGUACGUUUGCCACUGUUACAUAUAUUUAAUAAAAUUAAAUAAUGGCUUUUCGGCAGGCAAACUUUGUGCUGAAAAAUUGCCUACGAUUCUAAAACUAGCCGAGUACAAUAAUUUUCCUAUGUUAACUAUGCAAAGUAUGCUAUAAAUGUUUUUUUGAUUAAUUUAUGACACCUUUCGCAAUCCGAGUAGAAAAGUGAAUACACUACUAAUCUCCAAUAUAUCA